AUGGUAGAUAGCCGCCUCCUCCUCGGCAACCCUGACCAACAUCUCCCCGAUCUCCUUCUCCCUCUUUCGAGCACGCUCCUCAUCCAUGUCCGUACUCCCUCCGCCUCCGCCUACUCCGUCUCCUGGUUUUCCGUCUUCACCUUGCCCAACCACGAGCGCGCGCCCACGAAGCUCUCUACCUACCGUGAGUUCGUAUUCAUGCUUCAGGGCAACGUCUACCUCCGCUACAACCCUUUCGCUACUCCUGACGAUUUCAAGAAGUAG